AUGUUGUUUGGAAAAAUUCCAACAAGUCUUGGUAGCUGUGUAAAACUAGAAUCUCUAGCCAUGAGAAGCAACUUCUUUCAAGGGGUCAUUCCUUCAUCUUUGGAAUCAUUAAGGGGCCUUGAAGUUUUAGAUCUUUCUAAAAACAAUUUCUCUGGCAAUAUUCCAAAAUUUUUGGAGAGCUUUAUCUUCUUGGAGUUACUGAAUUUGUCUUAUAACAAUUUUGAUGGGGAGGUACCAACAAAUGGAGUUUUCAAGAACAUAAGUGCAACCGUGAUUAAGGGAAAUAGUAAGUUAUGUGGAGGCAUGCCAAAGUUUGAUCUUCCUAUAUGUGUUGACUAUCAAGGCCAUGUUUUCAAAGCAUUGGUAUAUGAGUUCAUGACUAAUGGUAACCUAGAUGAGUGGUUGCAUCCAAUUUCAAGAACAAAUGAGGUUCCUGAAGAACAAAGAAAUUUGAAUUUUCUUCAAAGACUAAAUAUUACUAUUGAUGUUGCAAAUGCAUUGGAAUAUCUUCAUCAUCAUUGCCAUACACCAAUUGUUCAUUGUGACCUCAAGCCUAGCAAUGUUCUUCUCGAUGAUGAAAUGAUUGGACAUGUUGGUGACUUUGGCUUGGCAAGGUUCCUUCGCGAGGCCACCCAAGAGCGUUUCACUAAUCAAUCAAACUCUUUCGGAUUAAGAGGAACAAUUGGUUAUGCUCUGCCAGAAUAUGGUAUAGGAAAUGAGGUGUCAAUUAAUGGUGAUGUCUAUAGUUAUGGCAUACUAUUAUUGGAGAUGUUCACAAGAAAAAGGCCAACCGUUAACAUUUUCAAAGACAACUUGAACCUUCAUGAUUUCGUUAAAGGAGCUUUGCCUAAACGAGUGAUUAACAUUGUGGAUCCUAUUAUUCUUUGGGAAAGAGAAGAUAUGGAAACAAGGACAAAUGAUACUCACAUUCAAAAUCAAAUAGGAAGUCCCAAAAUUCUAGAGUGCUUGAUUUUGAUAUUUGGAAUUGGAGUGUCUUGUACUAUGGAAUCUCCAAGAGAAAGGAUGAAUAUUAGUGAUGUUGUAGCUCAAUUGCAUUUGAUUAGAGAAAAGCUCCUCAGAACAAGAAUAGCCGAGAAAGACUUCAACUUACAGGUACAGAGGGCCAGUGACCUAUUGGAAGGCAGCAUGACUUGA